UUUUGGAUAUGGAGCGACAUAAAGUAGAAGAACCACCCCGAUAAAAAGGAUAGAGGUUGACUUUUGUUAAAGGACUCAAAUAUAUCUUCAACACUACACUCACCUAAUCUCAAGAUGUAUAUCACCGAAGUACUAAGGGCUACUGCCACGGAUAAUGAUCGCCUUCUCAAGAUCAUUUCCGAAACAAACUAUGGCCCCGCCGCCCUUCAACAAAGCAGCAAUUAUGUCGAUAACCUCAAAAAAGACAUCACAGCGCAAGAGAAACUCCUCCGAGACACCAAGAUCACCAUUGCCCGCGAAGAAGCCGAACACAGGGAGUACCAAACAUCCCAUGUUAAGCGUCUAGCCUACAGAUUGGGAGGCAAGCGUGAAAAGUUCGAGCAGAAAGCAUCCAAGGAAGAGCAAGACUGGGUUGAAGCCGUACAGAGAGGAUUUGAAGUUCAGAAGAAACUUGAUCUUCUGAAUCAAAAUAUAGCCGAAGCAACCAAGACAUGCGCGGAGAUGGAAACUGUAGUAGCUACCUACAAACAAGCAGAAUAUGAACUGGACUCACUCUACAAAUCUGUCUUCCAGGGGCCAACACCCGAUAUCCCUGGAGAGGAUCAACUCGAAGGCGCUGUGUAUCAAGCAACCACGGAGUUCAACUUGGCUCAGGGCAAUGUCGACAAAGGGAAGCAGGUGAGGAAUCUCCUCACCAGCGCGAUGAAGUUCCUCUACGAGGCCACUCAAGACGUUGAGAGCGCAAGAAGUAAUGCGAAGAUGGAUGCAUUUGGGUUUGACAGCACGUUUAUGGACAUCGCCGAGGCGAACGCUCUUUCAAGGGUAAGGCAAAAUGUCAGCCAGGCCGAGAUGUUAGUUACCCAAGCAAGGACCAUGGAUCCAUUGAUUGGGAAUAUUGGAGCGGUAGUACAUGCGCAGAGCCAUUUCAUGUCGGAGGUGCUGUUCGACAAUGUCUUUUCCGACACGAAGAAGUACAAUGAGAUCAAGCGAUCGCAGGAAUCCAUCUUGAAAGCGAAGAACUCUCUCCAGACUAUGAUUGAAGCAUCAACUGGGAGACUUGAAGUUGCGGUGGUUGAAUCAAUGAAGGCAAGGCAAUCGCUUGAGGAGAAGAGACUACAGCUGCAGCAGAUCAGAGCCGAAGCAUAUCAAAAGGCUGCUAGAGGAGAAUUGGUGCCUGUACAGCAGGGACCGCCACCAGGUUAUCAGUGGUAGGCGUCAAACAGACAAAGGAGACAGGUGAUUUGAUUAUAACUGAGUCUGGACGCGCCUUUCGUUUCGCGAAGACGUCGAUUGGGAAAGGGACACUCCUACGUAAUAUCGCUCUUGUAUAUAUAAUAUCAAUUGUCGUGGGUCACUUCUUCUAUAUCAAAAAGGCGUGGUGCCAGAGUUGUGUUUUAUCGUGCUCUAGCAGAGAGUUGUCCUUUUUUAAGUUGGCAAAAAAACAAAAAAAUAUUAAACGACGUGGGCAGGAUUUGAACCUACGCGGCCGAAACCAUAUGAUUUCUAGUCAUACCCAUUAACCACUCUGGCACCACGCCUCGGAUAAUUGGAAAGAUAGGAGCUGCAUCUCAUAAUAUACUGUAAUUAUGUUGUUUUAGGGGGGAUAUAACAUAUUUCUCAUAUCUGUCGGUCGUGCUUUCCUAAUUCAUCCCACCCAGUCGUAGUUUCCCUACAAAUUCGUUCUGGCGCUAGUUACUGAAAGAUCUAGAGG